AUGUCGACCAAACUCACCCAUACCAAGGUUAACCAUGCCGCCGGCAUUUUCGCCGAUAUCUCGGUCGAUGGCCCUAUCAUUGGUACCCUGGUUGCUAUCAUUGAUCGCGCCAAGAACCUGCCGAACCGCAAGACCAUGGGAAAGCAGAACCCGUAUUGUGCUGCACGGUUGGGCAAAGAAGCCAAAAAAACACAAACAGACCUGCGGGGAGGGCAAACCCCUCGAUGGGACUCGGAACUCCGAUUCACCGUUUACGAAUCCCCAGAUUACUUCAAAUUGAAAGUCUCGGUGUUCAACGACGAUAAGAAGACUGAUAUGAUCGGAGAAACCUGGAUUGAUUUGCAUAACUUGGUCAUCCCUGGUGGAAGCCAGAACGACCACUGGCACCCGUUGCAGUGCCGCGGGAAAUACGCUGGAGAUAUUCGAAUUGAAAUGACCUACUACGACACACGAGAGCAAGAUGAGGCCGUGCUGGAACGCAGACAAGAAGCAGCAGACAAAAUCCAGGGCAAGGUUCCCAGCGCACCCAGCAACACUGGAUUAUCUGGCCCUCGGCAGUUGAAGGACGUCAAGCGUCGUCCCCUACCUAGUGGUCCACCUGGAGCACCAGCUCCAGCACCAGUACGACCAGCGCCGGUUGAGCACGUUCACUCUGCGCCUCCACCCCUUCAGCACCCAGCUCCGUCUAGACCGGCAAUUCCUGAACAUGCAAACUCCAUGCCUGUUCCUCCAGAGCCCCUUUCAUUUGCCCCCAGAACAGCACCCGUGGAGCCUGUAUAUGAAGAGCCCUUGUAUCGUGCACCAUCCCCUGUGCCCCCUCCAUCUCGAGGUGGAUACGAGGCUGUUGAUCCUUAUCAGCAAGAGUGGGAAGAGCAAGCUAUGGUGCCUGUUUCACGAAGAAAUACUCAUGAGAUCGCAUAUCCUGUCCAGGAAAUGCCCGACAACCAAUACGAGCCUCGUCCUCUGCAACCGCGGAGCCAGUCUAAUUAUGAUCAGCCACCCUCUCGAGACUACCGGCUAGCUAGACAAGAACCGGUGUACGAGGCAGAUAUGCGAGGCAGAAUGUACAGCCGCGGACACCAAGAUCACUAUAUGGAUGACCCCCGCCAUAACCCAGAUCCUGCUUCCUAUGGGCCUGCGGUACAUGCGUACGAGCUGCCAGCUCAAGAAUUUCCCAGAUCGGCUUCCUUUUCGGGCCCGGUGGAUGACCCCAGAUACCAUCAGCACAUUGUUAGGCCCCUUCAACUAAUGGGUCGUCCUGAAAAUCAUCCCGAAUAUGCAACAAUGCAACCCCGAGUUGAGGAUGAAGAUGAGGAUGGAAUGAUGCCACCUCCACCGCCGCUCCACCGAUCUCGAGAGCCGCAAACUCAAAUGCGCACUCCCAGAACUUCAGCACACACGUACAUGCCUUACACGCCUAAGCACCCUUCUUCUAGGCCACCAGCCACCAACUUGCCAACGUCAAUGUCUACGCCAUCUCAUAUAAUGGCACAUGCUGCAGCCGUGCCAGCAAGCUUGGUCGCUGGCUAUGAACCAGAAGAUGCAUCCGAGAGAGCAGCUUUUGAAAGGUCGAUUCGGAGACGCAGCUCGCACUGGGACGAUGAGAUGAUGAUUUCCGAUGCUCCUGCCUCGGUUCCUGUCACAGCACCAGUUCUCUACGAAGCUCCCAUCCAUCCUCUGAGAACAUCCCCUCGGCCUGUUGCCGAAAGACCAACCUCGAGCAGAGGAGGAACUGGAUCUGUGAGCCCCGAUAUGCGCGCAGUCACCCGGAAGUCCGUCAGUCCACGGCCGCCAUCCUCAGAUAGCCGUGGGGGUUCAUCAAUUCCCUUCUCCCCUGACUCCUACAGCACCCUCAAUCACCAUACAUCUCGUCCUUCUAGCAGAGAUCCUUCACCAGGCUACGAUUCACCCGCGCACUCUAGGAAUUCUCUGGUACGCGCCAAGAGCGAGCCUCCUCGAGACGCUGAUCAACCAAUUAUCGGAGACGACGGCCGCGAGAUCGACCCAUCAGACCAUCUCCCAACCGAUACCUGGGCCCCAGAGCCAGAAAGGAAAAACCGCAAGCCAGAGGUCAUCAUUCGAUUCAAGCACUCAGCCCGCCCGACGUCACGAGGAAACGAGUCAACAACUUCACGGGUAGCAGGCCCACCCCGUGUAGGCUUCAGAGCCGAAACCAGCUACGACCGCUCCCCGAAGAAGUACACCCCAACCCAUGUCCACGCCAGCCCAGGCUCAAUGGUCCGCACUCCGCCACGGGCGGACUAUACACACGGACGAUCCGACAGUUACACAGACAGUCGCGGCUACAACACCCCAACCUCAACAGAUCGUCCUCGCUCCUCUCGCGGUUCAGUCUCUCCAUCGCCUAGCGCUCGCUCUCCACUCUACGAUUACAACACCGGACCGGUGAUCCCUUCCAAGGUUCCAAUCACCCAUGGUAGUCCCAGCUACCCAGUGAUGUCCGGCAAUCCCAACGGCCGCAUGGACGCCUUGAGUCGCGAGCUUAGUACGAUCGAUAUCGGUUCUUGUAGCCCUGCUCGUGGAGCUGUUCGCAAAUACGUUCCUCGAGCAUCAGCGUCUAUGGGCUACGCCAGCUAA